AUGGACAAAUUCUAUGAAGAGCCGGUUAGUCCUCAUGGACAAUACUUCAACAGCUCUGUGAUCUGUUCAUAUAUCUUUGGCUUUCUAGAACUUGCUAUUUCAUCUGAUGACUCACUAGCUAUCCCUUUGAUCAAAGAUGUCUUCCUCCCUGUCAAUCCACGUUUCUCCUCUAUUAUGGUUAAAGACAAAGAUGGUAAGAUGAGAUGGAAAAAGGUUGAAGUGAAGCCUGAAGAGCAUGUCAAGAUUCCAAGUUUUCCUGAAACCACAAAUUCAUCACCAAUUGAGUUCUAUGACGAUUAUCUUAGUGACUACGUAACAAGUAUUCUAACCGAAAGAACACCACAAGAUAAACCACUUUGGGAAAUUCAUGUGAUAAAUUAUCCAACAACAAGUGCUGCUAGCACCAUAAUAUUUAAACUUCAUCAUGCACUUGGUGAUGGUUACUCUCUCAUGGCUGCUCUUCUUUCUUGUCUUCAAAGAGCUGAUGAUCCUUCUCUUCCUCUCUCUUUUCCUUCACGGCCACAAGUGGAUUCAAAAUAUGAAGAUACAAACUUAUUUAAGAAGCUGUGUUUUGGUGUAAGCUCCUUUUUUAGCUCCAUAUCAGAUUUUGGAUCAAGCAUAAUUAAGACAAGAAUGAUUCCAGAUGACAUAACACCUUUAAGAUCAGGAUACGAAGGAAUUGAGUGUCAGCCAUUUAUCUUGUCAAACAUAUCAUUUUCCCUUGAUCAAAUCAAAGAAAUCAAAUCAAAACUUGAAGUGACAAUAAACGACGUGAUUUGUGGGAUGAUCUUCUAUGGACUUAGGCUAUACAUGGAAGAGAUGAAUGAGAAGACAAAGAGAGCAAAUUCCACGGCAAUUGUAAUGCUAAACACAAGAAAUAUUGGAGGUUAUCAAUCAUUGAAGGAAAUGCAAAAACCAGAGAAUAAAGGUCUUUGGGGGAAUAAACUAUCUUUCUUACAAAUACCAAUACCAAAGCUAAAUCAAUCAGGAAUUUCCAACCCUCUUGAGUUUGUUUGGGAAGCUCGUGAAGUAAUAAAGAGGAAGAAAAGUUCUUUCAGUGUUUAUCUCAUAGGUUUACUCAUGGAUUUGGAGAUGAAAUUAAGAGGACCUGAGGCAGUCUCUAAAAUAGUUUAUGACACUAUUGGGAACACGAGUGUUAUUAUCUCAAACAUGGUAGGGCCAAUGGAGAAAAUGACUUUGGCAAAUCAUCCGGUAAACGGAUUGUAUUUCACCGUGACCGGUGGACCUCCGGAAAUAAACAUUACAAUUAUGAGCUACGUGAAAAUGUUAAGAGUGACCAUGAUUACUCUAAAGGGUUUUAUAGAUGAACAGAAACUAAAGUUCUGCAUGGAGAAAGCAUUUGAUGUCAUAUUUAAAGCAUCUAUGGAGAUCUCUGAGAUAUCUACCAAAGAUUAA